AAAAGACAUUGAUCACAAUUCAACAGUAUUCAUUACAGAUGAUUCAGAAUGCAGUACAUCUGAUCUUUAAUCAGCCAAAGAAGACACAUUUAACUCUCAAUCACUCUUCAUUUGGCUUCCUAUAAUCAGGGUCGUCGCACUGGGGGUAAAACUAGUACUGAUUAGUAGGGGGUCCAAGGGGAGGGAGGGCAAAGAAAUUCAAGAGCAUUGUAUUGGGCUUCAAGACACUCAAAGAUGCUUAUAGCUAUAGCAGCCAUAAAUAAAUUCAAAUCCCUCAUUCUAGCCUGUAGGACCAUUACUGGACUUGCACCUUGCUAUCUUAAUUCCAUGAUCCAGCUCUAUAUCCCCUCUUGCCCACUGUGGUCCUCUAAAAUGCAUUGGCUUAGGAGUCUUCUGCCAAAAAGAUCUGUUCAGCUGCUUAUACGAAGAUCUUACUCUUCACCGCUGCAGCUACCUACAUUAACACUCUUUACAAAGGAUCCUUGUCCCCUGUGUGAUGAUGCAAAGGAAGUCCUUGAACCAUACAAACACAGAUUCACACUACAGCAGGUUGAUAUAACCCUUCCUGAAAAUAAAGUCUGGUAUGACAGGUACAAAUUUGACAUACCAGUAUUUCAUUUGAACGGCCAGUUUCUAAUGAUGCAUCGAGUCAACACCACACUUCUGGAAAAGCGGUUGGCAAAGCUGGAGGAAAGCAACUAAUUGUUUAUGAAUGUAUGUCAAUAUUUUAAAAAAAAUGUGUUUUUUAGUUUGCAUUCCUGUCAUAACAUGUUAUUUUCCAGAGUGUGAUUCAUAAGGUUUUGUAUCUAACAAGUAAUAAAAGGCUUGUUUGUUUCACUGUG